AUGUCUGUUGAGAUCUGGCCUUCAAUUGCGCCGGACCAGCUUAAAAUCGAGGAAGAUGCCACCCAGGACCGCGAGCUCACCUGGCUCCUCGCGACCCUCCACGAGACCCUCAAGUCGCUCAAGCACGGCCUAGAGGACAGCUACGCGCUCCUCGCGCCCAUCGACCCGGGCAGCACGCUCGUGCUCUCGACCCGCAACAACGAGGCGGUCAAGGGCCACGUCACGCGCGUCGGCACCCGCAUAGUGAAGGGCACCGUGCACCUGAAGCUGCGCACCCUGCCGCCGCAGACCAUGGCCAUCGACCCUUCGCGGCCCAUCCACCUGCCCGCGCUCGCGACGCUGAACACACUCCUCACCGAGGCCGUCGACCUGGUCGCGCUGUGCGUGUCCGAGGGCCCCGCCGCCUGGACGGCGUCCUUCCUGUCGACGCAGCUCCGCCUGCUGGCGCAGCACCUCGCCGAGGCGUCCGCCAUCAUCAAGGGCCCGCCCAGCAUCCCGGAGACCCGCCGAACCCCAUCCUCCUCCCGAUCGCGCCCAUCCUCCUCUUCCUCGUCCUCCCACUCGCCAACCAAUACCCCCACCAUCCCCCGCGCCACGGACCCGACAGGCUGGACACGCACCUCAGUCUCGCUGUCGCACUUCCUGCCGCCCACGAGCCGCAACCUGUCCUUCUACCUCACGAUCCAAGACGCCAGCCUAGUCCUCUACCUGCGCGCGCUCGAACCCGCCGACGCGCCGAUGAACCUCGGCGCCAAGCUCGCCUUCGCGAUCGGCACGGCGAGGCGCCUCGAGCACGACGAGGCGGAUCGCGUGUUCGGGUACUGCUGCGACGAGAGCACGCACGUCGAGGACGCCGCGGGCGGCGCCGGCGGCGUGAGGAAUCCCGUCAGUCCAUCAGACGCCAACAAGACUGGGGGAGUAGGAUUCGAAGAUGCCACCGCCAAAAAGGGCGCCGACGAGGUCGAGGUCUUUGUGCGCGAGAAGGUCAGGGUCGAGAGUGCGGAUCCGAGCCUCUUGUCCAUGUCGGCCAAGCUGGGUGCGCUGGCGAAUACCCUGAAUCUGGCCAGGCGGAACUUGGCUGCUGUUAUGGGGGAGGUGUGGACCGAGGACUGA